AUGGGAGUGUUCAAGGGUGGAAGGCGACAAAACGAGAGUGGAUAUAAUUUUAAGGACCCGACUUUUUUUAUUGGAACAAAAAUGGAGGAGUAUCGUAGAACAACAGAAUCAGCAGAUAGAUCCGACGAAAAUAAACCUACGUCAGACAACGAGAUCAUUAUAGGUUCUAACGGAACUAUCACACUCUAUGUUGAUGUCGGACUCAAGGCACUACAGGAAGAUAAGAAGCCUAGUAUUGUAAUUAUUGGGAAAGGAAAGACUGUAAACAAGGCAGUGAGCGUGGUAGAGAUUAUCAAGCGACGCAUGGAAGGUCGACUAUAUCAGUAUACACAAAUCGGAAGCACAAAGACUGUAGAUACAUGGGAUCCUGUCAAGGAAAAUAACUUGGACAAAAUUUCAAUCAACAAGCAGUUACCAGUUAUUAUCGUUCGCCUCUCUUUGACUGCUAUCCCAGCAUUAGAGGCUACUUCUGGAUUCCAGGCUCCUACUGGCAAAGACAUUUACCAGUAG